ACUUCCGCCCGCUUGCCUAAAACCGCGCUUGCGCAAUGAGUCUCUUCCUCUCUGGGCUCGGGCCUAGGCUGCGGCGACAUGGCUAAACGCACCAAGAAGGUCGGGAUUGUCGGUAAAUACGGGACCCGUUAUGGUGCCUCCCUCAGGAAAAUGGUGAAGAAGAUUGAAAUAAGCCAGCACGCCAAGUACACUUGCUCCUUCUGUGGCAAGACCAAGAUGAAAAGACGAGCUGUGGGGAUCUGGCAUUGUGGUUCCUGCAUGAAAACCGUAGCGGGUGGUGCCUGGACCUAUAACACCACUUCUGCUGUCACAGUAAAGUCGGCCAUCAGAAGACUGAAGGAGUUGAAAGACCAGUAGAAGCUUCACCAUUUGAAACAUUGCUAGCCUAUAAUAAAUGGGUUAAUUUAUAUAACAAAAUUA